UUUUCUUUUCCUUUUUCCUUUUUUUUCUUUUUACCAAUCCUUAUACUUAAAAAGCCCUGCUACUUGUCUAUGUCUAUUGUAGUUCAGUAUAAUGGUGAACUCAGUUGAUUUUUCUUCAUUCUCGAGUACUCUUCGUUUUUAUCUGAAUGGUACCGAGGUUAUUCUUGAAAACCCGGACCCAGACAUUACUUUAUUGCAGUAUGUCCGCUCCAUAGGCCUUACAGGAACAAAGUUUGGAUGCGCAGAGGGUGGAUGUGGUGCAUGUACGGUUAUGGUCUCGUCUUACGACCGAGUAACAAAACACAUCAAACAUCUGAACGUCAAUGCUUGCUUAACCCCUCUGUGCUCUGUCGAUGGUAAGCAUGUCAUCACGAUUGAAGGUCUAGGCAACCACAAGGACCCUCAUCCAGUGCAGGAACGCAUUGCUCUUUGCUUUGGCUCACAAUGUGGAUUCUGUACUCCUGGCAUUGCCAUGUCUCUUUACACAUUCUUGCGCAAUAAUGAGAGACCAUCAGAGUAUGAGAUCGAAGACUCCUUUGAUGGAAACCUCUGUCGCUGCACAGGCUACAGACCCAUCUUAGAUGCAGCCAAGUCUUUUGCUGUUCCUCAAAAAGCAAAGAUCGUGAAUGGUUUCAAGGAUGGCUUUACGAACCGCAACAGCAAUAGUGCGGUCCCAGAUGGAUGUUGUGGCAAAGGUGGAGCGAACGGUGUUGAUGGUUGUUGUAAGCGGUUCGAUGUUUCAUCUACAGUCCCACAAGAAAGUUCUUUUCAAUUCCCUUCUGUCUUGUUCAAGACAUAUGACCCUACACAGGAGCUUAUAUUCCCACCUCAACUUAUGAAGGUGGGUAUUAAGCCGCUUCAUUUCCGAGGUCGAAAGACGCAGUGGUUCCGUCCUACAACCUUAUCACAGGCACGAGCCAUCAAAGCAGCUUUCCCACAUGCCAAGUAUGUCGGAGGCAACACCGAAGUCGGUAUCCAGAAGAAGUUCAAGCAUGCAGCCUACUCUCCACUGAUAUACCUACAUGACAUCACAGAGCUGCAAGGGAUCCGUUUUACAUCUGAAGAGAUGAUCAUUGGUGCUAAUGUGACAAUUGCCAACUUCCAAAAGGCUCUCGAAGAUGGACAAAAGAAGGUAGCAGAGCAUCAGGUGCCUGUUCUACAUGCCUUCUUAGCCAACAUCAAGCAUUUUGCAGGUCGUCAGAUCCGGAAUGCUGCUUCUGUUGCUGGCAAUAUUGCGACUGCAUCUCCGGUCUCAGCUCUGAACCCUAUCUUUAUCGCUUCCAACUCUACAUUCAGCAUCCUUUCUUCCAACCAGUCUGCGGAUGCAUCAACAGCAGCUCGUGUGGUGCCUGCUACAGAGUUCUUCCAAGGCUGUAGCAAGACUGCAUUGAAUCCAGAGACCGAUAUCUUGACAGAGAUCCACAUCCCAUUGACGCGUCCAGACGAGUAUAUCCGUGCAUUUAAGCAGACUAAGCGACGCGAUGACGAUACUGCAAUUGUCUCGGCUGCUAUCCGAGUCCGGCUAUCACCUGAAGAUCAUAAGGUCAUUGAGAGCUCAUUUGUAUAUGGCAACAUGACCAGUUUCACCUGCCAAGCUGUCAAGACCUCAGCACGCUUGAAAGAUAAGAGGUGGGGAGAUGAGAGUGUCUUGAGCAUGGUCCUCGAGAGUCUUGAUGAAGAGCUCCCUAUGCAAGUCUCGGCACCUGGUGGGAUGCCUGAAUACCGGAGAGCGCUUGCUAAGUCAUUAUUUUUCCGGUUCUGGUGGGAUGUGGUUGAGAAGCGAGGACUUUCUGUCCAACAUGACCAUGGUAACUUAAAGCUGUUGACAAGCGAGAUCCAUCGACAUGUCUCUCGUGGAACUCAAGAUGCUAAAGCAGCUGUGCGGAAUGCAGAGACAGAGGUUGUUGCGAAGGGCAUAGCAGCCAUCUCUGCCAUGAAACAAGCAACUGGAGAAGCAAGAUAUACAGACGAUAUCCCAAGCUCUAAAGAUGAGUUGUAUGCAGCUUUAGUGCUUUCUACAAGAGCCCACGCAAAGGUUAUAAGUGUCGAUGCCAGUAAAGCAUUGGCAUAUCCAGGAGUCAAGGACUAUAUUGACCAUACUAGAGUUCCUGGUAGUAACGACUGGCAUGCAGCUUUGGCCUCUGACGAGACUAUUUUUGUCACAGACACGGUUCUCUGUGUCGGACAGAUCAUUGGGCUUGUCAUUGCAGAUAGCCAAGCCAUUGCUCAAGAAGCAGCUCAAAAAGUCAAGGUUGAAUACUCAGACCUCCCAGCUAUUGUCACGAUCGAUGAAGCUAUCGCAGCUGAUUCAUAUCUAUCAGCUGAACCCCGGACUAUCAUCAAAGGGGAUGUAGAUGCAGCCUUCAAGACAUGUGCCAAAGUAUUUGAAGGUGAAACUCGAGUUGGAGCACAGGAGCAUUUUUACUUAGAGACACACUCAGCCAUUGCCAGCUACUCUGAAGGAGAGGUAGAAAUCAUUGCUGCAACACAAUAUGCGGAUGGGGCACAAGCGGCUGUGGCAGAUACAUUGGGUCUGAGCUCUAACAAGGUUGUUUGUAAGGUCAAGCGUGUGGGUGGUGCAUUUGGCGGAAAGGAAUCACGAGGUGUACCACUGAUCUGUGCGAUAUCAGUAGCAUCCUAUUGUCUUAAGAAGCCUAUUCGAAUUGUGCUCGACCGCAACGAGGAUAUGAUAAUGACAGGUCAGCGGCACCCAUUCAAGGGUAAAUGGAAGGUUGGACUGGACCAAGACAACAAGUUGGUAGCUCUAGAUAUCCAACUAUAUUUGAAUGCAGGAUACAGUUUAGAUUAUUCUCCUGCAGUCAUGGACCGUGCUCUGACUCAUAGCGAGGGUGUAUAUUAUUUUUCGAACAUACGAACUGUUGGCAGGUGCUGCCGAACAAACCUACCAAGCAAUACAUCCUUCCGUGGGUUCGGAGGACCACAAAUCACCCUCAUAGCGGAAUCAUUCAUGAAUGAGGUUGCAGAGCAGCUCAAUAUUCCUGUGGAGGAGCUGCGAGAGAAGAACUUUUACAAAGAGGGACAGAAAACACACUAUAACCAAGUCCUUGAGGACUGGCAUAUCCCAGAGGGAUAUUACCAGCUCAAGGAAAAAGCACGGUACGAUGAACGUCGGCUUGCAAUACAAGAGUUCAACAAGUUGUCGAAAUGGCGCAAGCGUGGUAUUUCUCUAAUUCCGACCAAACAUGGUAUUGGGAUUGAUCCCCAUUUUAUGAAUCAGGCAGGAGCAUUAAUCCAUAUUUAUCUUGAUGGAUCUGUGCUGGUAACGCAUGGAGGUGUCGAAAUGGGACAAGGACUACAUACAAAAAUGAUCCAGGUUUGCGCAGAGGUGCUGAAGGUCCCAAUGGAUCUCAUCCAUACAAUGGACAUGUCAACUGACAAAAUCCCCAAUGCGAUACCAACAAUAGCGUCGAUCUCUUCAGAUACGAAUGGCAUGGCAGUUAAAGAUGCAGCAGAGAAGCUGUAUGAGCGACUUCAGUCUUACCGCAAUCCCAAAGGGAAGAACCUCUCAUGGCGUGAAGCUGUCAUACAAGCGUAUCAAGACGGAGUACAUCUAAGUGCAACUGGGUUCUACAAACAUCCACAACUUGGACACGACUGGGAAAAGAAUGAAGGGCAUAUUUUUCAUUAUUACACAACGGGAGUAGCAAUAUCAGAGGUAGAAGUAGAUAUGUUGACAGGAACAUAUACAAUUCUUCGGUCAGAUAUCAGUAUGGACUUGGGUAGAUCACUUAACCCUUCGAUUGACAUUGGACAGAUUGAGGGAGGGUUUAUACAAGGAGUUGGAUAUGUCACCACGGAGGAGUCCUUGUUUUCACCCGAUGGGAUGCUGUUGACCCAAGGACCAGGUUCAUACAAGAUCCCAGGAUUCAAGUGUAUUCCGCAAGAGAUGAACAUCUCAUUCUUUGAAGAUGUGACACACGAAAGUAUAAAGACUAUCUUCAAGUCGAAAGGAAUUGGAGAACCACCAUUGCUUCUUGGCAGUUCAGUGUACUUCGCGAUCCGAGAUGCAGUACGAUAUGCACGACAGGACCAUGGGCAUACUGAAGGCACCUUUUCAUUACCGAUCCCAGCGACUCCGGAGAAGGUCCGUAUGGCUGUUGGAGAUGUGAUCGCAGAGAGCAGUCGACUGGUUGCAAAACCAGGAGAGAAGCCAUCAGCAGUACUGAGUAAUUAAGGUCCUCACGUAUAUCUAUAUUUAUAUAUUUUACAUAAAU